AGAUCCGUCUCGGACUUGUUGGAAGCAACGCCGAGCUCUUUGGAGCUCCUUAUAUUUUCCAUUGCCCCUUGCCUUCCCCUCGCAUCUGGGGAUUUGGUUCUCACCUCCUCUUUCAUAUUGCUCACCCCCCUCACCCUUCUCCCCAAAACACCUUGGACGUCUCGAACAACAGACGAGCAAGAUGUUCGCCAUGUCCCAACACACAUAUGCCUACCCGGUGCAAUCAGCACCUGCCCCGGCGCGGCAAUACUCCAACCACAGCACGAGCAGCGCCUUCAGCAGCUCCGCCAACCCGGACGAGGACUGGACCAAGAUUUCCGACCUCGCUGAGCGACGGAGGAUACAGAACCGCAUUGCCCAGCGCAAUUACCGCAAGAAGCUCAAGAAGAGACUAGAGGAGCUCGAGAGGCGGGCGGGUUCCUCGGAUGAUACCUCAUCGUCCGGCAACGAGAAGCAGAGCGCGCCGGCCAAGGCGAAGCGGACACAGACAACCAAGGCCCAGAGGCAACAACAAGCGCCGCCGCCGCCGCCGCCGCCGCCGCAGCCGCAGCCUGCCCAGGCGAAGCCGACCGUGCAGGGCCAAUACACCCCACCCAUGCACCACGACGACGAGUACCUCUUCCCCCCCUCAUACGACGGCCGUGAGCGGUCACACACGCCACCCAUGUUUGUCUACUCGACCUACCCGGCCCCUCCUGAAGAGAUGAUGAUGGCGCAAUACGGGGGCAUGCAGGGUUACCGCCCAAUGACGACCGAGGCCUACACCGAGUACCUGUCGCCGCCGCAGCCGGUGCCGGUGACGCUGCCCUCCAUGACCCACUUCAACGACGCCAUCAAGCGGGAGCCCGGCUAUCCCAGUGCGCUGCCGGCCGAGGACGGCCUGUCGUACAUGAACUACAACGGCUACCCCUCCGUCGUGCCAGGCAUGGACAUGAACGCCGGCCACCCUUCGCCAUACGACCAGAUGCCGCAUACUCCGCCAUCUCUCUCGCACUCCUAUGAUCACUCCGCCGCCUGCUCGGACUCGGGGAGCUAUGACGCGUACCCAACCACGCCGCUCUCCAUGCCGGGCUCUCCCGGCCUUGUCCAGCAGGGGUAAAAAAGAAAAAAAAAAAAAGAACAAAAACGGAGGGCUCUCCGAAAAGACAUGCGAGAUGAAACAACGUUGGGAUUCUUCUAAAUGCCGCGGGAAG